GCAUGAGUCCCUCACGUGUGCCUGCAAUGAUCUUUAUACUGAGACUACACGAUGGAACUAAAAAGCGCAGAUAGAUCGGUCGCUGUUUUUCGGUAGGAUUCUCCAUGCUCGGAUCCCUGGAAGGAGAAUGGACUGCUGGAGGGUCUUAACCCCAACAUCUGUCUUGGUUCUAGCUUCCGUUUUGAAUUCACUCGUCAUUGCAAGUUUCUUGGAGACGAACCUGUGCAAGUGGUGUGACUAUACUAACCCAAUAUGCGAGGACAAAGUGUGUUACAGCAAUUGUACACUGAACUCCUACUGUGUGAGCUCAGAGGAAAUAUGUGUGGCCAUAUGGAGGAAGAACAAUGAAUCCACAAGUGUUCAAACUAUGUGUCACUAUCCACACCUACCAGUGGAGGACAUAAUAAUCACAACUUACAAUACAACAGUUUGCAUCAUGACUGAACAGCCUGUUGGGAAAGGGAUGGUGUAUGUCUGCGGCUGUACCAAUGAACAGGAAUGUAAUGAUAAACUUAUUUUUGAAGCUGAACUAAAUGACUAUCCCAUACCACAAAACAAUGAAGUCAUUCCUGUAGCUGUAUUGAGCCUUCUUCCACCUAUCCUUAUCGCUUUCAUGAUAACAAUGGCAUUUUAUCUGUUUCGCACUCGACAACAAAGAAAAGUGACCAAAGAGUGGCCAGAGGUAGAACACCGAAACCUGACUAGGACCGUUGACAGAAAGUCUGGCGAGUACGAGGGUAAAUGCUCUGUGGAGACUGAUGAUGGUCAUUCUGACAUCAGUGCAACAUGUGCCAACAAUAUCAAUCAUAAUACCGAACUGUUGCCCAUUGAACUGGAUGGCAUAGUUGGGAAAGGUAGAUUUGCAGAAGUAUGGAGAGCAAAGCUCAAACAUAGCACUUCAGGGCAAUAUGAGACCGUUGCAGUGAAAAUCUUUCCUUGUGAAGAAUACAUGUCAUGGAGGAGUGAAAAAAAGAUUUUUUCGGAUGUUGAUCUCAAACAUGAGAGUGUGCUUCAGUUCCUUACAGCUGAGGAGAGAGGAAGGGGAAUAGAAAAGCAAUACUGGCUUAUUACGCCUAUCACAGCAUGGGAAUCUACAGACUUCCUCACUAAUCACAUUCUGACCUGGACAGAGAUGUAUGUGAUGACAGGAUCCCUGGUAAAUGGGAUUGCUCAUCUCCAUAGUGAUUAUACCACUUGUGGAACCCCAAAGAUUCCUAUAUCUCACAGAGACAUAAAGAGCACAAAUGUACUAGUUAGCAACAAGGAAUGCAUAUUGUGUGACUUUGGGCUGGCACUGAGGCUUGACCCAUCUCUAACAGCUGAUGACUUUGCUAAUAGUGGCCAGGUUGGCACUGCCAGAUACAUGGCACCUGAAGUUCUGGAAUCUCGUGUUAACCUGGAAGAUCUUGAGUCGUUUAAACAGAUGGAUAUAUACUCAAUGGCCUUAGUAUUAUGGGAGAUGGCAUCUCGGUGUGAGGUCAUUGGAGAGGUGAAAUGUUACGAAUCACCCUUUAGCUCAAAGGUUCGUGAACAUCCAUGUGUUGAAAGUAUGAGAGACAUUGUACUACGGGACAGAGGACGCCCUGAAAUUCCCAGCAACUGGCGGGUGCAUAAAGGCAUGCACUUCCUGUGUGACACUAUCAUUGAGUGUUGGGACCAUGAUCCAGAGGCACGCUUAACAGCCCAUUGUGUGGCUGAAAGGAUCAAUAUGAUGGUACAAAUGAACUGUGAAGAUGUCCUCAAUAACAAUUCAGCCACUGAAGCAAGAAAGGAAGGAAGUUCUGAACCCUUAAACCUUGGAAACACUGCUGAACAUAAAAAUAUUCAAGUAGUCACAAAUGUAUGAAAAAAUUCAAGCAUUGACAGAAGCAUGAAUUUUGAUCUCUUUGGCACAAAAAUGACAUGUGACUGAAUACCAAAAAUCAAAAGGCAUGUCAGAUGAACAAAAUUCCCUUAAGAUUAUGUAUUAUUCGUAAUGACUUCAUCUGACAAGGAUAUCAAGUGUGUGGGACUCCAGAUACGUGCACACCUAAUCUAAAUGAACGUCUGGCUCAUGCAUUGAACUGCAACGUACCAGGCUGGCAGUGUACAGAUUUCCUGUCAUAAUACUUUAAGUCCACUCUGAUAUUUCCUGUCUGAAUUAUGAAAACAAUCUUGACAUGAUAUAAUUGCCAGAGAUGAUGUACUUUAAAGUCCAGAAUAUUAAUCACAUUACAUACACAACUGGUUCUCCAUAAGGCAUUAAAUUACACUUCAAAUAAAUCUAAAUUUAUGCCAAGUAACAAUGAUUAGAUGAAAUGAGGCAUAAUUAUUAUAAGGAUCCACUGGAGGUAAUAACUAUUUAUGAGAUGUCAUUUUCCACAUAUAGAAGUGUUGCUAAAUUGGUUGCACAUUUGUUGGGAGUCAAUUGUUUAUAAUGGAUUUAGAUAUUUAAUAUAAUAGAUUUGCACAUUGAACUUGAUAUUUGGACAUGAUAAAGAAAACAGGCAGGGCAAAUUUACUGUCAGUCAAUUUAUGCAUUGCAUCUCCAAUCUCAAUUAUAUAGUAUUAACAGUAAGAAUUUGUAAAACUGGUUUGUUGGUGGCGAUAUAUGAAACCUUGGUGAUGACAGUACUCACAAAUAAAUAUUUGUUGCUGAGCUGUUACCCAAAUAAGUAUCAAAAUGGAGUUAUUCAAAUGACUUGAGCAGGAAAUUAUACAUGUGUUGUAUAAAUAA